AUGUCAGUUGAUUCUGCUGUCCACUCGAGUAUUAUCAUCCGUUGCGCAUCAGACCUUUCCACUUCAUCCUUCCUUCUGCUUGUCAUUGGUCUCCUAGCCGCGGGAGGUGAUGUUGCAUUUCCAGUUCUCGCCGCUGUCAAUGCUGCAUUGGGGUUGUUCCCUCCUUUACGAUCUCCCACUGGUGCCACACACCUGAUCCUCAGCGAGAUGAAAGGGAAAUGGGAGAGUUUUGGGAAAUAUAUCGCAGACAAUGUGGUUGCAGUCAUCGAUUUGUACGAUGCGUCUAACGAAGAGGUUAAGCCGUGGAUGGAAAGUGUCACGAAGCUAAGCGACAGCACGGCUCUAUCUCUAGCAACGCACGACUCAGCAUGCUGCAUAGCGACUUUUCAGAAGAAUCCAGCUCUCGCCGGCCCCGUUCGCGAAGCAAUUCCCUGGCUGGACCUCUCCGUCUCGCGAUACUACCGUCUGCUUAUGGUGGUCAUCAUCGAUGUGUUAGAUGAAUGCGACACAGAAGCUUUCCCGCGUGUUGCCAAUAUACUUCGAAAAAAAGUGCCAAGAUUACUGCCUAACAUCAAGCUUCUUUGUCACUUUGAGACAAUGACGCUAAUGACCAUGGCUACGCUGUUUACAUCAGUCCAAAGCAUAUUGGAGCGGGCAGGUGACUUGUUCAUUUGGAUCAGUACCGUCUUUCGCUACGUGAAAGUUGCCAGCGGUGAUCCUGCGAGAGCGCCAAAGGACCUUCUCAAUCCCAGCAUCGACCGAUCGAAGGUAGAAAUCUGUGUGAGGGCGGAAGGGUACGUCAGCAUAUCAUUGUUCCCUGAAUGGGCCAAGUUGAGCGUUGAUCGGACCUCCAAAGAUGUCAUUCGCAUGUUGGCCGAAGUGUUUAGCAACGUGAGCGAAGAUCUUAGAUCCUUUCCGAGACUGCAGGAGGCGUAUGAGUUGGCAAAUGGUUCGGUUGCGUUGUGCCGUCACCUUACGUCUGGGGACCCAAUGUCUACACCCCAAUUUGGCUCGGGCGCUUGGGUCUCUUCUGGUAUCACUCAACAGUCUCGGGCGGCAUUCCGGGGCGCUCUCAGCGAAUUGUCAAACUCUGCACUGGGGAAUCUUUUCGCGUCACUUGAAAAACUCGGACAACGUUCCGAGGCGCUUGCAGGGAUUGAAGAAAGUGUCAAGCUCUGGCAUGAGCUAGUUGCCGUCCAUCCGACACAAUGGCAUUCUGAAGCGCUCGUGAUGAUCGAAGAAAAUUUGAUUCGAGCGCUCGGGUUUCUCUUUGUAUCACUCCACAAUCUCGGACGGCAUUCCGAGGCGCUCGAAGGAAGUGUCAGACUCUGGCAUUUGGCUCGGGCACUCGAGAGUCUAGAUGUAUCACUCACCAACCUUGGACGACAUUCUGAGGUGCUCCUCAUGAACGAAGAAAGUGUCAAACUCUGGUGCGAGCUAGUUGCUGUCUAUCCUACAUACAUCAUACACCCCGGAUUUGGCUCGAGCGCUCCAGCAUCUUCGGGUAUCGCUCAACAAUCUCGGACGCCAUUCUGA